CCCAGCCAAGUUGCCGAGCAGAACACAGUUGGUGUCAGUUGGUAUUGUUAGACUCUAGAUAUGCUGGACAUGGAGCCUUUUUUAUUAUCUGAAAAAAGCAGCAAAAUGCUGAGGAUUGAUUCUUUUUUCCUCCGUAAGAACGCACUUCUUAUGAACAACACACUUAUGAGAGAAAUACACAAAGCACAUGGCAAAUGGUCUUUUGAAUGCCAAACUGAAAACUGAUGAAUAAAAAAUACCCGAGCUUUCGUAAAGCCUGAGGCAAGGCGUUGGCACUCGUUCAUUGGCUGCGCUGCCUUGCGCCGUCUCAUAGUGACGUCACGCGUCUGACCAAAAGAUGGCGUCCAUGUGAAAAAAAUCUUUUCGCCACCUUGUUUCAGAUUGUCCACUGGAUGCGAAAGUGGUGUGCAAUAUUUUUUGGAGAGAGCGCUGGCAGGAGGGCUGCAUAUUUUCUUACCAAGGACUACAGUGCGUUUAUCCAGGAAAGGGUUAAUUAGGACGGGGAAACUUUCAGUACGGUGUAUAAUGUAAAGAGCUCUCUGGAACUCUUUAUUUGCCAGUCACGUAGCUACACUUCACCGAAGGAGGACCUUCCUAGAGCCGACGACGAUUUCAUCACCUUAACGCUCAUUACCGUAUUUUUGGCUGGCUGCGACGAUCUACCUGGGACUUAGGAGCCUGAAAACGACUAACAGAAAGCGGUAUAAACUACCCAACUACGUUCUUUGCGCCGAGGGAACAUUUGAACUUCGAACGGCAAAUCUAGAAUGAAUGGAAGCACUCAGCCAGAUAUCGCCGGACCGAGCGGUGACGUCUCGACGCCCCGUCAUGAUGCGACGUCCACGCGCGAACCAACCAAAGAUGAGUUGUGCUGUGGCUUCAUCUGUUGCCAUCCACGUUGCCUCCAACGGUUUGCCUCUCUCAAAGUCUUCAUCCUUGUGGUGUGUCUCCUCCUGUGCUUCUCUGCUGCUGCCUUGGCCGUCUUUGAAGGUCUAGUCACCACUAUCGAGACCCGCUAUCAGCUCAGCGCUUCGGAGAUCGGCCUCAGCGCAUCCAUGUUCACGGCCGGCACGGCGGUGUCUACCGUCAUCGUCACACACUUCGGGGGUAGACCUACGAGCCGCCGACCGGUCUGGAUCGGGCUGGGUGGGCUUUGCCUAGCGGUUGGCGCGGCCCUGCACGCCCUACCCCAGUUUGUCUUUCCCCCCUACCAACUUCCAUCCUCGGUCCUCCUCGAGUCGUCUUCUGACAACUCCUCGGAGGUUCGGGGUGGGCUCUGCAGUGCCAAUUCAGGGACAGGCGAUGACGCGUCAUGUGAUUCAGAGGAGCAGCAAAUACUCCGAGACAACAAUAUCGCUUACAUCAUCAUUGUCGUCGGCCAGAUUCUCCUGGGUGUUGGUUACGGACCACUUGUGCCACUCACACUGGCUUACGUGGAUGACAAUGCCGCCAGAGGAACAACUGGUUUAGCAUCGGGAAUUCUCGAGAGCAUGUUUGGACUCGGAGCUAUCGUGGGCUUCCAGAUCGCCAGCGCAGUGGUCAGUCUCUGGGUGGACUUCUACCGCGUCGACGCCGCUACCUGGAGCGGGCUGACGCCACGGGACCACGACUGGGUGGGAGCGUGGUGGCUCGGUAUGAUUAUCGAAGCCAUCGUCUUCUUCGUACUUGCACUCCCACUGUUUGGAUUUCCAAGACGUCUUCCUCGAAGUCACAAAGAGAAAGAUGAGGAUCCACCGAAGGCUGAGGCGAUCGGUUUGGGCGAAGAUGGAAACGGGCAUGUGAAUACAUCGGCACUCAAGGACUUGAAAGACUGGCCUGGGUCCAUUUGGCGUCUGUUGAAAAACGUGAUUUUUCUCCUAGCGUGUCUCUCCUUCAUCACAGAGGGCGCCCUCAUCUACUCACUGGCUGCAUUUUUCCCGAAGUACAUGCAAGUACAAUUUGGACUUGAUGUUUUCAUGGCCAACCUAAUAGCGGGUUUUGCCUUCGUGCCACCGUGGGCUGUGGGCGCGUUGAUCGGAGGCAUCAUCGUCAAGAAGUUCAGUCCAGGCAUACAGGGCUCAGCUGCCAUAGGCGUCGUGUCCGCCGUACUCGCCUGCACUUUUGCUGUGGCGCUCAUGUUCGUUGGAUGUGACAAUCCGCGCAUCGCUGGCGUGACUGUGGGAUAUCAGGGACACGAUUUGGGCCCCACCACUAGUCUUGAAUCAGCGUGUAACACUGACUGCUCCUGCCCGAGCGAGACGGCCUUCUCUCCGCACUGCGGCCCAGACGGUGUGACCUACUUCUCUUCGUGCCAUGCAGGGUGUGCCAAGAUGACAGAAAACAAGACAUACACAGACUGUUCAUGCUUGAUGCCAGAUCCCGCGACUGCCUCUUCUGACGUCACGGUUUCACCACCGCCCGCUACGUUAACCUUUGGCCAUUGUCCAUACGCUUGCACCAAUAAGGGGGCUUUUAUCGCGUUGAUGGUGCUGUGGGCGAUCACAUUAAGCUCAGCCACGUCCCCGCGGAUCAUUGUCAUCGUCAGCUCCGUGCCUCCGUCUGAUAAGUCCUUUGCGCUUGGUAUCAGCCGGGUACUCAUGCUGCUAAUUGGCUCCCUUCCCUUCCCGUUCCUAUAUGGCGCAUACAUCGACUCUGCCUGCUUCGUCUGGCAAACCCUGUGCGGUCAACGCGGCUCCUGCGUCAUCUACGACAUCGAGCAGUUCAGGCGCACCAUCUACGGCUUAACGACAGCGCUAAUUGCUGUGCAGUGUCUGGCUUUUGCAGCCAUUUGGCUGAUCGCGCGGGUGAGAGCGAGCCGAUCCGGGAAUUACACGCAGGAGCACAAAGUGGCUGAAACGAAAGCUGUGGGAAAAGACAGCGCCCAAACAGCGCCCUCUGACGGCUAGCAAAAUGAUGGCCACGCGCGUGACAGUGACUAUAAUUCAGGCUAUUCCAUAGUCUAUGGGCUAUUCACAGUAGUGCACCUCCAAGAGUUUGCAACGCGCUGGUCAAUCACAACGAGCGAAAUAUGGGCCGUUUUCCAAUACUCAACUUCGUCUCCCUCUCAGGCUUCGUUCCCAAAUCCAAUCCCCGA